AUGAUUACAGCAAUUUCCAAUGUAUCACCAUCUAUCACCUCAGAAAUCCACCAGAAUUCCGGUGUUUUUUUUUUCCAUCGUCAGGUCUCAAGGACCCCACAGGUGGUGCUGGGCAGCGCAGUCACCGCAGUGCUGGCCGCGAGACGCUCCAAGGUACUGCAGGUCGCCAGGCGUGCUGGCUGGGCUCAACAACCGAGGCUACCGAGAAUCCGAACAGACCCGGAGGAAUCAGAGACAAACUUCGGCAGAAACAUAUUUCUCUCCACGGCGUUCUUGCUGAGCUCAGGGGCAAACAAGGUUCUACUUCGGAUCCUUCUUGUAAACGUGCACAAGUAUGCGUUCAUGCUUGGUGUCCUUACCAAUCUUCUUUACAUCACGGUCUUCGGCCUCCAGUUUCGCUACGAACUGAAGACCGCAGGAGAACAAGAUGAUGAGAGCCAAGCUGACUCCCUCAAGUUUGCCCUGAACGGACGUGGUCUGCGACUGCUAGCAGGUGCUGGAGCCUGCGAAGCUGCUGCUUUCGUGGGGUUGCCUUUGUGUGCUUCUCAACUGCCGGGCAGUUUGCUCCCAGUCAUGUCGCAAGGUUUGCUGAUUUUCAGCAUGCUUUUCAGCUGGUGGAUACUUGGAAAGCGUUAUGACCUGCUACAGGUCCGAAAAAUGAAUAUGAUGCUGGAUCCAAGAGAUGUCUUGUCAUCGAACCUGUCGCGAAUGUCUGAGUCCCAGCGCGACCUGACGACUCUGCUGGAGGACGCCAACAACAGAAAGACCGUGGACAAGGCUGAUACCAAGAUCCAUGGCAAUAUUUACACCUAUUGGGCCUUCCACGAUGUUCUGCUGCAACACAAGCUGAUACGAGCAGAGGGCUCCUCGAACAAAGUGCUGCAGGUGGGUAUCGUCUUUGUGAUGAUUGUCCAAAUCUUGGGCCCACCUGCUAUUCUGAUUUGGAGCGUGUAUGCUAUCAACUGGACAAAUGCGCGCGUAGGCCUUGGAAGCUGGGAAUAUAUUCCAGGAAGCUAUGAGAGAGGAGUCUCUAACUUUGCCUGUCAAGUUCUGGGUACUUUCUUCCUUUUCAUCUUCAUUUUGAAUGGCAUAUACGUCAUCCGGGACGACAAGCAGAAAUCCGAGAAGAUUUGGUAUGUAGUCAAAGUGUUUCAAAAGAGCAGCCACGGCACCGUAAAAAGGUUCUGGCUGCGAGCUGGUGCAAUGAUCAACAGUUGGUGCGUAGUGAUUUCAGCCAUUUGUAUGGCUCCUUGCUUUAUGCUCUCAAAGAGUCCAAAAGACAUCAUUUUCGAUGCCUUUGCGCUCUUAUUCCUGUUCAGAUUGGAUGAUGUCAAUGGUGAUCUGGGUUUUCUGGAAGAGCAGUGGGACUCGGAUCUCUUUGGCACGUUUUAUAACGACAUCCGAAGUCAAGAGGAAGAGCAGCGGAGGCUUGAAAAUGCUGAAGAUGGAUGCCAUGAUGGCUCCAGCAUUGCCAGUGACGAUGAAUGUGGCGAUGCCUGGCAUUGCAGUGUCUACACUGUGGCGAGACAAAUCCUGAUGAUUCUCUUGGUUUGUGUGCCUCUCUUCUAUGUCUUCGUGGAGGGCGCUGAGCCACGACACAUUCUGGACAGAAGAGAUGACUUGCACAACAAGAUCCAGGAGAUGUCGGAUGCCAUUGAAUACCUCAAGCACGAGUUGAAAAUUUCCAAAGAGGCCAAAAGCUGCGGCCAACUCUUUAACAGGGGCGGCACAAUCAUGGCAUGA